AUGACUCUCAUCAGAUCUCUUACUCAAAUGGGCUCCUUCAACGCCUCAUCAAUGACCAAUGCUUCAGUCAACGGAAUUAGUUCCAGUGCCUCGGGACAAGGAUCCAACUCAACUUCAGGCCUUCUUGGAGGUAGUGCACCAAGCACCACAGGAGGAGCAACCACUGGUACAUCAGCCGGACUUGUCAGUGGUCUUCUCUAUACCCUGGGUGAUGUAGUCAAGGCACUCGGACUGUAA